AGUAAAAAGAGGGGGGGUUGUUGUGUGCACUUUGUCUCGGUGAGGUGUGUGGGCUGCACUGAGAGAAAGAAAAGAAAAAGAGAGGAUAAAGUGACUUCGGGGGAAAUUACUGAAAAGAGCCGCUCAUCCCUUCGAGGAACUGUCAUCGACUCAACAUGUUGGACGUGGGGACGAACGGCAGAUCUCACUGACCUGUGAUGAGACACUUUUAAGGACCAAAAAAGGUUUUUUUUAAAUGAGGCUAAAUCAACAGUUGCUCUAAAUAUUCUUGCUUUCACUCCAAACUCUUUCCUUGGUGGGACUGUGAGGUGACUCUGAGAGGAUAUUUCAGAAUUUACUUGGGAGAUUAUUGGAGAUGAACGUGGUCCAGUGGGGACUGAAAUCUGCUUGAAUAUUGCGGAAAAAAGAAAGCAGGAUAUUAGUAAAAUCGAAUAUUGCACAGUAUUUAACAUCUCUGGUUAUUCUCUGAACAAAUAGUGAUUUUUUUUUUCUCUUCACCGAUUUGCCAGUUUGAGACGACUUUCAGACAACUUGUUGACAUUUUUAUGAAUUUUGUCAGUGAAUGUGACAAAGGCGCUGACUUGCAAUCUGAUUCUUUAAACAAAUAAAAGAAAGACAGAGGAAGAAAGACAGAGAGAUGGCACAGAAGGAAGGCAGAACAGAGCAGGGGAGCGCCAAGACCGGGGACAAUCUUGGGGCCAAAGCCAUGGUCGGGGCCCCCACAGCCGGCGGAGGGGUGGUGGUGGAGGUCAGGGAGAAGAAGGGACCUCUGCGGGCUGCGAUACCCACAAUGCCUUUCCCUGUGGCCGUCAUCUGUCUGUUCCUGAACACCUUCAUACCCGGGCUCGGAACGUUCAUCUCGGCGUUCACGGUGCUGUGCGGCGCUCGCAGCGAGCUGAUCUCAGAGCGAGGGGUGUGUUGUGUGUUCUGGCUCAACGUGGCGGCGGCCCUCAUCCAGAUACUGACAGCUGUUAUCAUGGUCGGAUGGAUCAUGAGCAUCUUCUGGGGAAUGGACAUGGUCAUCCUGGCGAUUUCUGACGGAUACAGAGACCAGGGUCUUCCUCAGGACGUCUGAGAGAGGUCGCGCCCAUGUUUGCCGAUCGAUCACAAGGACAGUUUGACCUCUUCACCCUCCCCGCAGCCUGGACCUUUGUGACGACCCUCAGCUGCCUGUCUCUUUAAGCGUCGGACAAUAAGACAGGACCGGUGACGUGAAACGAAUCGAGCAACAUGGAGACAGAAAGAAGGAGAGCAUCAGCUGACUGCUCUGUCGUGAUCGCACGCAGCUGAUUGGUCGACACCGGCCCACACUCACAUUCGAAGCUGAAGGGAGACGACGAGGAAAUACAAGCAGUCCCGAGAAAUAAGCGGAUGAGAUGUGUUUGCAUUUUGUUGAGUAAAAAGUGACUUUUGAAUUCUGUCUUUGGAUAUUUUUUAAUUUGAUGUUUUUUGGGGCAAAACUAUAAAUCUAUAUAUGUAUCUAUAAAGUUGUCGUAGACCAGAUAAAGUGACAGGAUGGAGGAAAUGAAGAGCAGGGGGGGCGUUACUGAGAUGUUGAUCGCUUUGUUUCUGUAUUUUGGGCUUGUGAACUUUGCCCAGAUGUAAAAUGAAUUAAAAACUCGUGUCAUGUCAGUGUUAAAUCAGAGUUUCCACUGCCAACGUACUGACUGCCUGGUGCAGUUUAAACAGUUUAUUUCAGUGUUACAUGUCGAGUGGUUUACUUUCACAUGGAAUUUUUCCAGUUCCGACAAGUGUUAAACCUCUAGCCUGUUUUGGAGGCUUUUCGGUAAUGCUUCAUAAAAAAACAUCAUCAAUGAAUAAUUAAUUGAUGGUUAAUUAAACAUUAGUAAACUGUUAUUUCACUUCUAACAACCAAAAGAAUGCUUUACAAGCCAUUUGUCAAGCCAUUGUAAGGAUUUAUGAAUAUCAGCUGCAACUUUACAAUAAAUACUUGCUUAAUAAAUGGUUUAUAUAGCGUUUCAGUGUUUGAUAAGUUUAGUUAAAGGUGCUAUGAGUAAGAAUUUAGCUGAAAACAUCUAAAAUGUACAUAUAUCCAACAGUUUUGACAUGACGUUUAUGUGUUGUGUACCUGAGAUAUCUACUUAAGUUAGCAUGCUAACCAGCUAGCCUUGUCCUGUCCCAGUCCAAAGCUCCUGUGCUAUACUGCAUGGCAAUUUGAGCUAACUAGCAAACGGCAGCUACAGUUUGCUGCAGUUUGCUGUUUUUCUGAUGAUAUCAGUCGCCUAAGGUAGCUGUCGUUAGCUAGUCAGCUCAGUUAGCCAUGCAGCUAGCAGUCUAGAGGACAGGGCUCUCCUAGCUGGUUAGCAUGCUACACCAGAGCUCUUUAAUAUACUGUUUGAAUGUUGUAAUUUAAACUUCUUACAUAUUGCACCUUUAACUAGCAUCGUUCAGGGUAUAAAAAGUUAUAAAGUGCUGUACAGCAAGCUUCAUAUUCAACGAGAUCAUUGUGAUUUCACUGAACACAUCAUCAGGCAGCGACCGCGCAGCAAUCACGUCUUCAACUGGCUCUGAUAACGUGAUCCUGACGGAGGUAUCCAUCAGACUGCACUCACUGCAGCUACGGCAUUUUGUUCUUUUCAGGCAAACACGUCUUCAACACGCCGCAUCUCACUGCCGAUCACAAGAUGUGUGUCAUCCUAAAAUUACAGGGCUGCGUUGGAAAGAAAUGACUCAUGCCUCCUGAUGAUGAUUUGAUUUGAAUUUUUCACAGCUCUUUGGUGUGUAAAUCAGUUGUCGGAGGCACAUUACGUGUCAUUAGAACAUUGUGUUCUAAUUAGCGGGUCCCCACUCUGGGGAACCGUAGUCGUCUGUCAAGUUAUGAAAAAAGAUAUAAUUGCGGCAAUGUUAUUUUAAAUUUGAGGCUGAAGUCUUUUGUUUGAAGCUAUUUUUUGACCGGGUGAUGGUUAUGCACCUAUAACCAGUUCUAAACACCAGAAAAGGAAACAUUUUAUAAUAAUCAUCAUUAAUAAACGGUUACUUUAUGCUUAAUUAAGCAUUAGGUAAUAGUUAUUUCACUGUUAACGAACAAUGGAAUGAUUUAGAAACCAUUUAUUUAACAGUCAACUAUGAAGGUUUAAAUAACAAUAUACUGACCAUUUAUUACUGAUGAUUAUUAUAAAGAGUUGCCUCAGAAAAUGUUGUUGAAUUCACUGUGCUGUGGUUACAUUGUGUAUAUAUUAACAUGUGGUCAACAGUGUACAGAAAUGGAGACUAUGGCGUCGGUGUAAUCAUGUGCGAGACUCAAAACAAAACAUGCAAUUGUAACAUUUAACAUGAAAUCUGCCUUUAUCCAAACAAAGCCUUUCCCAUGACACCACAUUUAGCCCUUUUUUAUCCUUGUGCGCUGUAUCAUUGGCUCGCUUCCCCCGACAAACACCGGAGAGAAUCAAAAUGUCAAAGAGCCUUCCGCUGAAAGAAUUAAACCAUCUCGCCUUAACACAAAGCGGAGAGCAGAGCACUAUAUAUUGAAAUCGCUGCAAGUGAUUUCUUUUUUUUUUUUUAAUUCGCAGGAAAUUGAGUGCUUGGCACGCUGCGAGAGCCAGCUGAACGGGCUCCAACUGGGCUGCCUGACAAAGAAAAAAGCUACUUACAACACACGUGGCGAGCAGAAAUUCAGAUUAUUAUGUUUUGUUUUGUUUUCAGCAAACGUCAUGCAGCGUAUCUGGAAAUAAAGGUGGAGAUGCAUUUUAAAAAUCCCCCCCACACCUUGUAUUGGUCGUGCCUCGAGAUUAAACCCAUGUGCUCCCUCCUUCCGCUGGUGAUGUUUCCCCGCAGGCUUUAAUUAUCUCCACUAUCUUCGCCAAAUGCCUUUUUUUAAGAGUACUGCUGUAUUUUUUUUUCGAGGACAACACCAGUGUUUCUCAUGUUCAUGUGCAUAUGUUGUGUAGUGUUUGUGUGUGUGUGAGACGGAUUAAAUGAUGGUGAUGAUAUUUUUUAUGCCUUAAGAAUGAACCUACAUUCUACCACAAGUGUUUAUUAUCUGUAGCGGUGAUGCUGGAGUUUUUAUUGGCUUUCUCUGGGUUUUGGGGGGGGAACUGUUAUUCUGAUGCUUUAUUAUAAUCAACCUAAAAGCACUGAUGCUGUUGUGUGUUUCGGGGGACAUAUUCACUAACCGUAAUGUUUUGUUUUGGUUUUUUUUUUAAAUGAUGUUGGUGUUGUGCUUCUGUAGCUCUUCGAUUGUAGAAUGAACAUCCUGCCGUUGUACAAUUCCCUGCAUGCAUUGCUUUGGUGUGAAGUCACUGUUUAGAGUAAGAAGCAGACACAGACUAACUUUAACUGUUCUAACAUCGUAGCUUAGCUCUGUCACUUUUCCAGCAGUGCUUUUAUUUUACGCCAUUCGAGGCGACUGGUAUAAAAUCCUGCAAUUAAAAAAAA